AAUCUCUUCCCUUUUAAUUGUUUGAAAACAGAUCUUCGUUUCUUAAAAAAUAAUUCUCCUUCUCAUCAUACCAUUCUUACGUUGCUGGUGCUGAUCUUAACAGAUUUCGGAUCGCAAUCAUGGACGGCGAAGAUUUUGCCAGAAAGGCGGCUGCAGAAGCCAAAGGUUUGAACCCGGGACUAAUCGUGCUGCUUGUUAUCGGAGUUCCACUUGUUGGGUUCCUUGUAGCCAACUACGUGAUGUACGUGUAUGCUCAGAAGAACCUACCUCCAAGGAAGAAGAAGCCUGUUUCUAAGAAGAAGCUCAAGCGUGAGAAGCUGAAGCAAGGAGUCUCCGUGCCUGGAGAAUAAAAACUCACCUUAGCUUCAUUAC